AUGUCUUUAGUGCCCAUGGCGGCCAUCAAGCUUCCCUUUCUCGUGAUCCUCCGUCUCCUUAUGCCAACUCGCGGUUGGGAGAGUCUGGCCGAUAACGUGGCGUCUGACGUGCAGUUGAUCCAGACUCGCGUCUACGAGCAGGGCUUCGACGUGCCAGCGCAUGGAUCGACUGAUUGUGUUGACAACGAUUCUGGCGCCGUCCAACUUGCAAAAGAUCAUGCGCGUGUGUCUGAUGUCAGUGGUUGUUCGGAUGUCGGUCCGUACUGUGCAGACGCGAACUUGUCGAGCCAAGUUCUUGCAGUGUGCUGUGCCACUUGCAGCGAGGGGCCCGAACCAGAGCCGGACCUGGUGCAUUGCCAAGAUCAUUCGGAUUGCCAGUCUUCGGAAUUUUGUCAUGAUGGUACGUGCGACAGCUGCAGCCAGUGCCAAUUCUGCUCCGAUGCUGCUUACGUCGACGAGUGUGGGCACUGCGGUCCAGGGUUCCCAUCGCAUGAGACGACUCCCUGUCACUCCCAUGAAUACGUGGUCACCAAGGGGUCGCUUACGGUGACACAUGAAUGGAAAAAUCUGUCAUCAGACGAGCAGCUGCUCUUUCUCGAAAAGAAGUUUGGCGAGCUCGACAAAGAUCAGUCUUCAACCCUGGACGUGGACGAGCUAGUGGGCGCCCUGAUCGGACAGGACCUCGUCGCGAUCGAAGCCGCCAAUGGCACACUCAACACCUCUUUUGACCAAGUGUUACUUCCCAGGGCUUCGGUGCAAGAGUUUGUGGAGAAGCACAGCGCCCAUGGCAGUGCGUUGUUGACCCUCGACGAGUGGCUCGCCACAACUCCUCAGCUGGCACAGCGAGCUGCCCACCCGAAGGCGUUGCGUGGGCCUUCGUGUACCUUCGAGAGUAUCUUCUCACUUCCCAGCACCUGCUCGGAAACACAAUGGGUAGAUAAUUGCGGGAACUCUUGCAAUAACGCUUGUACCAGUUGCCCGAGAUUGGCGCAUACGAAUUCGAGCGUUGUUGCGCGGGUUUCUGGAGAUUUGGGCUCAAUUGCGCGAACGUCUCAAGAGCUUGAGUUCUGGGGCGGGAGGCGUUGGCGUCGUUGGUGGAGCGUCGUCGAGGCUGUGGUAGAGACAGUCGUCGAUGUGGUCGUGUGCACUGUGAGCUGUGUCACCAACUGCGUGUGGUCGUGUUUCACCGAAGCGGUGGAGUACGUGUACGAGUGCGUGGUCGACACUGUCGUGAAUGUGCUCAUGAGCUUCGGAGAAUGUCUGUCAGCUGUCGUGAACGCCGUCAACGACGCGGUUGGUGACAUAUGCGGCUUCGAUCUCAUCCCCACAAGUUGUUCUGGCGUCUUGAAUUGCAUUUCGGAGGGGGUGAGCAACGCUCUCUCGUUCUUCGAGUGUGGAUUCUCGAUACUCUUGGAUAUACUCGAGAACAUGGUCAUGGCGAAUCUUCGCUGUCUGCCGAACAUCGCCGACGGCAUCAGGGCCGCUCUAUUCCCCCCCGAAGCGAUACUUGCUACUGCAGUUUUCGAGGCUUUGUGGAAUUUCGGCGAGAGGGUCGUGAACGGGAUCUACUCAGAAGCUGCGGCUGUGAACAUCGACUUCUGUUGGAACUCAGCCCCCACCGCCGAAUUUACUGACUGUGGUGCCUUCGAUUUCGUCAGCAGUAUGACUAUUUGGGACGUGCUUGACGUUUUCGGGAUGGCCCAACGUUUCGCGGAUACCGUGGCGAAGUUCACCAAUUGCCUCACGAAGACUACAAGCCUCCCAGGGCUUAGUUUCGGCAUCCCCACUCCUUUCCUGAAAGUUGAUUGGACAGGAGGCUCGUGGUGUGCGCCAAGCUUUGUCCAAACUGCGGCCAAAGGAGUUAUUGGCGUGUUCAGGUACAUAGCUUCAGGACGGAUGCUCGAUGACCUCAUCAUUGUAGGUGACAACCUCCUUACCAAUCUUCAGACGAGGCUGGAAGCAGUGUUCUGUGACGAAGGUGACUUACUUUACCAUCACAUUGGGCGUCGAACUCGCGUUCGGACAGGCAGUUCUUGGAAUCAAGGCUCAGGCUGGAUGCCUCAAUGGAAGAUUCGCGGCCAAGAUUGUCGGUUUUGCUACGGGCAAAAUUUCCAUCUUCGGGGCGCCGUACAAGCCGAAGUCAAAAGCUUCUGCGUUCUUCAGUAUCAAAUGUACGGCGGGGCCCUCCAGCACGGAGUGGUCGUACUGGGAGUCGUCUCUGACUGGCAAUUUGGGGUUCGAUAUUUUCGAGGGGUCGGUUUCUCUGCCCCUCUAUCCAACGCCGAAGUUCGGAGUUUGGCUAUUCGUUCAAGCUCCAACUCUGGGCACAACCUCGCCUGUCGGAGGGGGAGUUCAACAAGACAUCGCUGCUGCCGGCGCUGCGCCUCCUCUCUGGGGCUACGUCCGACCCCAGCUUCGGCGAAGACGUCAAGAGCAAGUUCCCAGACCCCAAGCCCAUCCUGGAGGGGGCUCGCAACGGCUCGCUCGAGAGGUCCAGCAUGA